AGAGGGCGGAAUGGAAUUGCAGACAUCAAAUUCACGAUCAUUUGAUGAUUCGUUAACCGGCACCCCUUCAUUCAGUGAUCAAACGCUCUAUCCUUGGAACUGGAGUGAAGAAGCGAGGAACAUUGCUCUUAGUCCCAGUAACUCAUGUUCAUCACCCGAAUACAGAGAGAAAAGUAUAUCCAUGGCCAAAGGGAGGUCUAAAGCAGAUUCUAGAAUCAGUAGCCGACGUGGAAGACCUAGAGCAGAUGUUCUUUCAUUUCUAGUGCAACAGGGGAUCAGAUCCGGAAGUCAUAUAAAAUGUAGUUAUUGCAAUCGUGUUUUUCCUCGAGAAAAAAGUUUACAAGCCCACUUACGUACUCAUACAGGUGAACGUCCAUAUCUUUGUGACCAUCCUGGCUGUUCAAGAAGAUUUACACAAUCUGGACAAUUGAAAACUCAUCAGCGUUUACAUACAGGAGAACAACCAUUUAAAUGCAGCACAGAAGGAUGUGAGAGAAGAUUUACACAUGCCAAUAGACAUUGCCCUCAACAUCCUGAGGCAAGUUUAAUUAGAUGUAAUAGAAAUGCAUCUAGAUCUGUUCCAAGAAUUUCAGCGUUAUCUCAUGAAAUACCACGAAGGUUUCAACGUGUAAAUACCUCUAGUAGAAGGGAAGAAAGAACUCUUCCAACUACUUCAGUAGAACAUAAAACAAAAAAUAGUGGUGCAGAUAUGAAAAAACCUAAAUCGAGAAAAAGUUUAAUAAUGGAUGAUGUUGUCGGUGGACAAAAUAACUUAAAUUGUGCAGUACAAAAACAACAGUCUCAUUCUGCAGGAAGUCAGGAUUGUCAACAUUAUGAUAAGCCAAAUGAAAAUUUAGCAUGUAAUAGUUUACGUUCAUUAGAAAGUGGUAGUAAACUUGCUUUGAAAUCAUCUACAUCUACAUUAGCAAGUAGUCCACUUAUACCAAAGAAACAUUGGCUACAAGUAUCUCGUAGGGAACAGGAGCAGGAAUUAGCAAAACCCAUAAGUAGGGGUAAUAAUACUAACAAUACAUUAACAACGAGUGGUGCAAUGAACAAUAAAGUAAUGAAUUUUGACGAACCAUCAACUUCUAGUUCUUGUUCUCAAAUGGAAUGGGAACAAUCAUAUGCCGCUUCUACAUCUGCAUUAUGCAGAAAAAGUUCAAAUGAAUUAAUUCAACUCACAAAUAUUACUCCUCCAAGUAAACAGUUUGCAAAUCUUAAUUUAAAUAAACAAUCUUCCGACAUGAUGCAGCAAGAAAUUAAAGAAAAUAUAAAAACAGAAUGUGCUGCUGCAUCAGAAACAUUUUGGCCUGUUAAUAAACAUUUAAAAUAUAGUGCAUCUUCUGACAUGAUGCAACAAGAAAUGAAAGAAAAUAUAAAUGCAGAAGGUGCAGCUGCAUUAGAAACAUUUUGGCCAGAAAAUAAUCAUUUCAAAUAUAAUGAAGCUCCCAUUCUUCAGGAUAGACAAAAUAUGAUUAAUGAAUAUAAUAAAAAAACUUGCAAUAAAAAUAUCAAUGAAGAUCAUAUAACAACAUCAAUUCAUAAAUAUCCUACGUCUUCAAAACCAAUUCUUAAUGAAACAAGACCAACGGUUUUGAUGUACAGAGCUUCUAAUAACAUCAAAGAGAAAAAAUACAAAUCAGAAGUGUCAUCUCCAGUUGACUGUAACAUGGAAGAUAAUAAUGAAGAAAAUGUUACAGCUACAGAACAAAAAAUUCCAGAUGAAUUGGUGGGUGCAGCUGUAGCUUUAAUGCAAUUAGCUGCAACAACAAACGAAAUGGCCAAUUACAGGCACGAAACUAUUGAUCAAUGUGCAUCAUCAGUUAAUUAUUACUAACAAGUAAUUAC